CGCCCCUUUCCAACUUUUUCUUGUGUCGGGCUACGAUCGGCGACUUGCAGAAGUAAAAAAAAAAAAGUAUGAGCUUUCGUGUAAUGGCCUAAACUUGAGCACUCAUGUACCAUGGAUAGUAGUGCAACAGAAAUCAUCUUGUCACAGAAGUGCACUACGCAAUGGCCAUUUUCUCACGCGCGGUGCUUAAUUUGUGUGCUCGAUACAUGGCUCGAUAUGAGGGGUGAUACUUGAUCGAGGGCGCGCGUAAAAGGAAAGGGAGCUCGACUGUAGAUCAGACGAUACGCUCAGCAAGUCUGCGAAAUACAAUACGUGUGGUGUGGACGAUUACUGCUUUUCGGCGUGCACGACGAAGUGUAGUGUGUUUUGGCAUCCGUUCCGACGUCGACGAAAUGAAGCCGAAGGCUACACGAACAUUGGUGCAAUUUGAAUGUGUAACAUAGCGUUUGACAGCCAAACAAACCCAUCUGAUCAUAAUUAUGAAGUACGCACCACCAUGCCCUCGAAAAAGCAAUAUAACUUAGUCAGCGACGAUGCGUACGACAGCAGAAUCCCGUUACAUAGCGAAGAGGCAUUUCAACAUGGGAUCUCGUUCAAUGCAAAGUAUAUUGGCACUUUAGAAGUUCCACGUCCUAGCAGCAGAGUGGAGAUUGUAGCUGCUAUGAGACGAAUUCGAUAUGAAUUCAAGGCCAAGUCAAUUAAAAAGAAGAAGGUGACAAUUACUAUCUCUGUUGAUGGAGUUAAGAUAGCACUCAGGAAGAAACAUAAAAACCAGUGGUCAUGGGACGACGGUCGCUACCUCAUCAUGAAUCAUCCAAUUUACAGGAUAUUUUAUGUCUCCCAUGACUCUCAUGACCUUAAGAUAUUCAGCUACAUCGCUCGAGAUGGAGGGGGCAAUUCAUUCAAGUGCAAUGUCUUCAAAUCCAACAAGAAAAGUCAGGCAAUGCGUGUUGUGCGAACAAUAGGCCAGGCGUUUGAAGUCUGUCACAAGCUGAGCUUAGCAAAUGCAUCUAGCAACAUGGGGACUCUAGACAGCUUGGCUCCAGAUAGUGGACGAAGUGCUUCUUCCAUCCAGAAAGAUAGGGAUCAACCGAGUGAGAAAGCAAAAGAGAAUGUGACCCACGAAACUCCACAGCCGCCUACUUCGGACGUGCCGACCAGCCAGGACUCCAUUACCAGCCCAAAGGCUCUGUCAUCCCCUGUAGCCGAUUCAGCUUCACAGCUACAGACGCCCACAUCUGUAGUGUCAAAUCAUCUUGUUACUUACCCUCCGUCUGGUACAGGGGACAGCUUUCUACCUCCUUCGUCAUUCGGUUCAGCGAGCUCAGAAGGUGGCACGUCCCUCUCUGUGUACCACCAGUUGCACCUGAUGCGCGCACAAAUGGAACACCAGGCUCAGCAGGCCCAGUCGGCACUUAUACAGGCCAAGCAUUUGAAAGAGCAGCUCACCUCAGAGGCGGCAGCACACGCUGAAGCCAUGGCACAGAAUCAGCAGUUGAUCGUGCACAACCGAGAGUUACUCCAGCACAUCCAUUUAUUGGUCAAGCACAUCCAGGAAAUGGAAAAGAAGGUGAACCGACUGGAGGGAAAGGCAGAUCUGUCGGACCUGACCAACCCUACUUUGCAGCUGUCUCCACCUCCACAGCCACAACAGGUGCUUUCCAGCCUCCAGUCCCCUUUGACAAAGUCAACGAGCAACCCGGGUUCAGAAGUUUUUGACUUGGGCAGCCUAUCUUGGCUGCAACCUUCCACGGCCGGGAGCAGCCCCCGGCCCCCCGGCAGCCCACCGGCAUCACCGCUGGACUCGCAGCAGUCCAGCAGCCUUCAGCUAGACGACCUCAGCUUCUCUGUAGCCAUGAGACCCAGUCUAGAAACCUUGACAGCGCCACCUCCUCCUCCUCCUUCCCGUGGUGUGUUCUCAUCCAAGAAUCCCCUCGAGCUGCCCGUGUUUGCAGACGCAGGACGGCCACCCUCUCCACCGCAGUCGGCGGGACCCACAUCCACUGCAGUGCCCAGCAGUUGUUUCUUGAGGCAGUUCAGUGUGCCACUUCCCGGACAAGAAAGCACCCGCUGCCGUCUGCCCGAUAUUGGCAGGCUCACGAUAGACGAAGGAGACAGAGAGCGAGUUCAAGUGAAAAGGGAUGGGUUUGGAAAUGUGUUCUUCAGGAGCUGAAGAUUCCAGGAAAAUGUUGGUUAUGGUCACAGGUAGAUGGGAACUCUCUCUGUACUCAGCACAGUGGAGGCACAAAAUAAUGGAACGUGUACUUACGUCUACUUUUGAAGUCGUGAUAUUAGUCAAGUUGUGCAUAGCGAGUAGAAAUUAUACCGUACGGUGUGACGCGGAGAUCCAUGUUUAACUUCCCAGGAGUUGUGUGCCAAAUGUCUGUAAUGAUGAACCCGUAAACGUCACUUUUGCAUCAGGCAUA